ACCCUUAAAGUAAGAGCUGAAGAUGGCUGCAGCUUCCUCCUAGAGUCACUCCUCCAGGAGAAACUCUAAAGCCAGAGCCUGGGGGCAGCGUUGUGUGUCCCCCUUGCCACUGAGAACAUCUACGGAAACUGGACACUCUGGCCCCAGCAGCCACACACGUGACUGCUGGCCACACAGGUGUGGAUGGUCCCCAGAGCCAGGAUCCAGGGGUGCACUGAGGAUCCCCGGGGCUUCCAGGAACCCACAGCUCUGUCCAGACGGGAAUUUUUUUCCUGAGAACUUCCACCUGUUGCCCUCCUAUGGUGAACCUGGACUUGACCUUCCACUCUGAUGAUGAAGGGCUCCCCCUCCUCCCCUCUGACUGGUCGUCUCCUCCCUCUGCUCCUCCUGCUGUCUUCGGGAGUCUCUGGAGCAGUGUCUUGGUUUUCUGUGAAGGGACCAGCUGAGCCCAUCACUGUCCUGCUGGGGACUGAUGCCACCCUGCCCUGCCAGCUGUCUCCCGAACAGAGUGCAGCUCGCAUGCACAUCCGGUGGUACCGUGCCCAACCCACCCCUGCUGUGCUGGUGUUCCACGACGGACAGGAGCAGGGAGAGGCGCAGAUGCCGGAGUACAGGGGCAGGACCCAGAUGGUGAGACAAGCCAUUGACACGGGAAGUGUGGCUCUGCAGAUACAGCAGGUCCAGGCCUCGGAUGAUGGCCUGUACCACUGUCAGUUUACAGAUGGCUUCACCUCCCAAGAGGUCUCCAUGGAGCUUCGAGUCAUAGGUUUAGGCUCCGCCCCUCUUGUUCACAUGACAGGACCUGAGAAUAAUGGGAUCCGAGUGCAGUGCUCCUCACGUGGCUGGUUCCCCAAACCCAAAGUGCAGUGGAGAGACACCCUCGGGAACACUCUACUGUCCUCCUCUGAGUUGCAGACCCAAGACAGAGACGGGCUCUUCCAGGUGGAAGCGUCUCUUUUGGUCACAGAUAGAGCUGUAGGCAAUGUGAUCUGCUCCAUCCAAAAUCCCUAUGACCAGGAGAAAUCGAAGGCCAUCCUCCUCCCAGAGCCCUUCUUCCCCAAGAUGUGUCCAUGGAAAGUAGCCCUGGUUUGUUCUGUCCCCAUACUAUUGGCCCUGCUCAGUGGGAUCAGCCUCGGUGUCUGGAAAGAACAUCAAGUCAAAAGGAGAGAAAUUAAGAAAUGGUCAAAGGAACAUAAUGAAAUGCUUCUGAUGAAGAAGGGGACAAAAUCUGUACUGAAGAUCAGAGAUGACCUCCAGGCUGACCUAGAUCGGAGGAAGGCGCUAUACAAAGAAGACUGGAAGAAGGCCUUGCUGUACCCUGACUGGAGGAAGGAGCUGUUCCAGGAGGCUCCUGUGAGGAUAAAUCAUGAAAUGCCUGACCAGGACAAGACAGACUCAAAGACAAAAGAGAACAGAAGGGAGGAGUCUGUCAGCAGCUCCCAAGUAGACCAGAACAUCAUCACACUCUACCAGGAAGGCUUCAUGUUGGGACGGUACUACUGGGAGGUGGAUGUCGAGGACACGGAGGAGUGGACACUAGGCGUUUAUGAGCUGUGCACUCAGGAUGCAUCACCUACAGACCCCUUGAGGAAAUUCAGAGUCCUGGAAAAGAAUGGAGAUGGAUACAGGGCUCUUGGCUUCUGUUCCCAAAACAUUUCUUUGGAAGAACCUCUGUCGCUGGAGACACGUCCGCUGAAGAUCGCCAUCUUCUUGGAUCAGGAAGACAAUGACCUCUCUUUCUACAACAUGACCGACGAGACACACAUCUUUUCCUUCCCCCAGGACGCUUUCUCGGGAUCACUCUCUCCUUACUUCACACGUAAUUCCACGGGGCUCUCUGCAACAGCACAGCCCUAAGUGACGAGCACGGGGAACUCAGUGGGUGGGUGCUGCAGCGUGCUACCUGUAAGGCCCCCUUAGGCAGGCACAGGGACCGCUGAACAGGAGGCCUCUUAACCCGAGAGCCUUGGGGAUCAGAUCCUGGACAAGAUUCUCGGACCAUCUGUGUCGUGCAUGGUGUUAUAAUUGUUAAUAGUCUUCCUUCUUUUGACAAAAAUGUGUUUAAUCAUUCCUAAGAUAAAUGAAUCCAUGGUUUUCUGA